GCCACAACAGACUGGAAUGUAUGCUACUGAUUACUUCACGGACGUCAGCUAUAAACCAAAUAGUGAAGUUCCGAUGCGAACAGUUGUGGUUGUGAAUUGUAGAGAAGGAUAUGAGAACUUUAAUUCCGGUAUCAAUAGAUGUGUUGGUAAUGAUGAUAAUCAAGAAUGGGCCGAUUUAUUUAGAUGUGUGCGACUUUGUGACCAAAGUCCCAUGAUACGCAAUCAUCGCUAUUCCACACAAUGCAUUGGGAAUUCAGGUUUGACUGAUUGCAAAACUGAUACCCACAUUUUGGAUACAGAGCUGAGAGUAACUUGUGCUCCUGGAUUCGAAGCAUACAACGAUACUAACCAAAUGGGCAAACAUAUCUGCGAUGACGAUGGUUCGUGGCGCACGAAAGAAGUGAACCCCAAAUGUGAAGCGAUUUGUGGCAUUAAGUCAAAACAUCAUCCGAAUGUUACGCCUUGGAAAGUCAGCCUAUUUGAACGCGCCUCUGCACCCGAUAGCACAUAUAGCUUCAAAUGUUCAGGCACAAUCCUUUCACCAUAUGUUGUACUCACGGCCAUAUCGUGUUUUGAUGGCAGGCCCAAAGAGGACGACGGCAGGUCAUAUUACUCGGUUAUUGAAGGUGAUUACAAUGUCAGCUACAAGGAAUCUGAUGAACAUGGUUACUUGAUACACUUCAUUGCGGAUAUUAACACAGUUACACACCCUGAAAGUAAGGUUCCCCAAGCCGCAUUAAUUAUCCUCGUCAAGCCGUUCCAGUUUGGCGCCAAAAUUAGACCCAUUUGCUUCGAUACAAGUGUAAGCGAAGAGAAUGUUGCUCUUGAGUCCCCUGGUGACUUCAGUGAAUUCAAGAAGGGGGAAAGUGUGGUCAAAGGUCCGGUCAACGAUAAAUACUAUAGUUUAACGCAUCUUGUAGUCAGCAAUGUGAUGAGUUACAAUGUGGAAGCAUUUGCUAAAGCGAUCAACGAAACUAUUCAAAACAGCGAAAACAUUUUUUGAACAUUUAAUUCACUUUAUUAUUUUUCGAUUUUAGAGCUAAAAAUAAAUGUAAAUGAAUUUACAUUAACUAAAACACACACAUACACAUCUAAUAUUGGCAAUUACAUAAGUAUGUAUGUACGAGAUAUAUUUAAUUAGUUUAUUUAUUUUCAACACUCUUUAUUGAUGUUUUUGCUCCAACUGUUUGAUACAUUCUGCGUUCACUCCUGUAUCUGACUUUCAUUUGCUAUGCUCAUUCAUUAAAUUGUCUUCAAUUUUAAUGGUAUUUUUUACUUCGGUUUCGAUUUGUAUGUCUGUUUUGGGGUUU